AUGAAUAAACCAGUACGAUCAAAUCCACCUGAACAAGUAUUAACAAUAUUAAAUCCUGCAAGAAAUGUAAGUGAACCUAUAAUUCAAUUUUCAGGUAAAAUUAAUGGUGCCAAUCCACAAAGUACUUUAAUAGAACUGAACAAUACAGGUGUACUCUAUGGUGUUACACGUUAUGGAGGUAAUUCUUCAGAUGAUCUUGGAGUAAUUUAUCGUAUCGAUACUAUUCGAAACAAUACAUUCACAGUUAUACAUCAUUUCACAAACAACACGGGCUGUCAUCCAGUAUCGCCACUCGUCUUCGAUAACGAUGUUUUUCUAUUCGGCAGUACAAUUCGUUGUGGCCAAUAUGGAUAUGGAAAUUUAUUUCGUUUUAAUCUUUCUGAUCAUACAUUCAAUAUUAUCUAUGAAUUCCAGGAUAUUGCUAAUCCAGUCAAUUUAUUUCUGGAUACAAACAGUGGACUGUUGUAUGGUGUGACAGGUGUUGGUUCUUCGACAUUCUAUGGAUCUGUUUUUACAAUUGAUAUUAGACAUAAAACACCAUCAACAACAUUUAAACAAUUAUUUUCAUUCAAUUAUGGUGUCGGUGCAUUUCCGUCGAAUUUGAUUUUAGUAAACAAUUCAUUAUAUAUUAAUACACAAAUAUUUGGACGAUUUGGAGGUGGUACUCUAAUAAAGAUGGAUCUAGAUGGAAAGAAUGCAGAAUUAAUUUACGCUUUUGGUGGUGAUAAGGCACUUGGUUGUUGUCCCUGGGGUCAACUUGUGUUAGUUACUCAUGAAAAAGAACAAUACUUAUAUGGUACAACAAUGGGAGCGGCAGAUUGUCCGAGUACGAUCUAUCGUAUAGGAUUAACUACGAUAACAAACCAAAUUGAGCUAGUAGUAACAUUUAAUGAAACAACAGUUGGUUCAGCACCAUUUGAUGGAUUAAUUCAAAGUAUCAAUUCAUCUUUAUUAUACGGUGUUACAUCUAAAGGAGGAAUGACCAAUCGUGGAACGAUAUUUCGUCUCAAUAUUAAUAACGAUGAAAGUUUAGAGAAAUUAUUUGAUAUUCCAUCAGAUGAUACAUUUGGAUAUGAAACCCUUGGAGGCCUACUAGAAGUAGGAAAUAAUUCAUUCUAUGGUCCGGCUAAUUUAGGCGGAAAAUAUGGCUUGGGAACUAUUUAUAGAGUUACAAUUAAUUAA